AUGGAAUCUCCUGUCCCCAGAGGCACCCCAAUGUGGUUGCCAUGUGAACAGCUUGGGAUUGCUGCAGUUCCUAAUUAUGUGUCUUCUGCAAUAUUUUGCAGUAUUGCUAAGUUGGACCUGCUGUGGUCUCCAAUGCAGUUCAGAAUAGUCACAAUUCCAACAAGCAAAGAUCAGUCUGUCAUUUUAUUCUACUUCAGAAUUGGGCCUAUGGGCUCCUCAUGGAAGGUACAGUGCUGCUACCCUGCAGAAUUGUUGAAUGAUUGGGAAAAGAUAGGAGGGUAUUUCCUGCUGCCAGAAGCAGAUCUGCAGCAGCUGCUGUUAACAAGGCAUCUAUUUGCCUGCCCAGGAACAGUGAGAGCUGUCCAUGGUGCUGAAAACCUGGCGCUGGCUUGGAGAGUGGCGGGAAUUGUGAGAGCAUUCCUGCCCCCAGAGCAGUGCCUGAAUAGUGCACGUUGGAACUUCAAGCUCCUUUAUGGAGAAGCACACAGAGCAAAACAAAUAUCCGUUGGCCAUGGCCGCGGCACGGGCAGGCUGGAGCGGUGGCCGGUGGCCGCGGGGUGUAAGUGGGGCUGGCUGUGGAGCGAGCGCUUCUGGCUCCCACGCAACGUGAGCUGGGCCGACCUGGCCUACCCGCAGGCCCGCCACAUCCUGGUGGUGUUCCAGCUGGCGGGCGUGUUCUCCGUGCGGCUGAUCUUCGAUUGGUUUAUUGCCAAACCUUGUGCACUCCAUGCUGGCAUCCAGGACAGUGGUCCAUAUUUGGUCCAGCCCAAUGCUAUCCUUGAGAAGGUGUUCAUAUCUGUUGCCAAGUAUCCUGAUGAGAAAAGGCUGGAGGGCCUGUCAAAGCAACUGGACUGGGAUGUUCGAAAAAUCCAGUGCUGGUUUCGUCACCGGAGGAAUCAGGAAAAGCCUCCAACGCUCACUAAAUUCUGUGAAAGCACGUGGAGACUCACUUUUUAUUUAUGUAUGUUUUGCUACGGAAUUAGAUUUCUCUGGUUGUCUUCUUGGUUAUGGAACACUCGACAGUGCUGGCAUAGCUAUCCAUAUCAGCCUCUCACAAGUGGACUUUAUUACUAUUAUAUCAUGGAAUUGGCCUUUUAUUGGUCUCUUAUGUUUUCUCAGUUUACAGACAUUAAGAGAAAGGAUUCUCUGAUCAUGUUUGUGCAUCACUUGGCCACCAUUGGGCUCAUCACCUUCUCCUACAUCAAUAACAUGGUUCCUGUGGGAACACUGGUCAUGUGUCUACAUGAUGUCUCCGACGUUUUGCUAGAAGCAGCCAAGCUGGCCAAUUAUGCCAAGUAUCAGCGACUUUGUGACACCCUUUUCAUCAUCUUCAGUGCUGUUUUUGUGGUCACUCGACUAGGAAUCUAUCCGUUUUGGAUUCUGAACACGACACUCUUUGAGAGUUGGGAGAUCAUUGGACCUUAUCCAUCUUGGUAGUUGUUCAAUGGCCUUCUCCUGAUUCUGCAGGUUCUGCAUGUCAUCUGGUCCUACCUGAUCACACGAAUUGCUUUCAAAGCUUUGCCUUGGGGAAAGGUACCCAAGGACAAUCGAAGUGAUGUAGAGAGCAGCUCAGAGGAAGAAGAUACAACCACCAACGCUGAAAACCCCUGUGGUAGCAGCUCCAGCAAUGGUGCCAAUUGGUUGAAUGGUCUUGUGAGAGGCGGCUACUGGGCUGAAGAGUGAAGAAAAUAGUCUGGGAA